UAUAUGAAUUUCAAGGAUAACGUGAUUGCUAUUAUCGGACCUGCUUGCAUGUUUUCAUUGGAACCUAUUGCGAGUCUUGCCGGAUUUUGGAAUAUUCCAAUAAUCACUGGAAUGGGAGAUCAAUUUCCUUCGACAAGCGAGCUCUCUGUCACUUCCAGUAUAUUGGAGAGGUUGCAGAAAUGGAACAAAAACGACACGGCCGCGCAAAUAAUUUUCAUGAACAAGAGAAAAAUACAUCCGACGUUAACAAGGCUAUCAUACAGCCAGUGUGGUUUAAAAUUAUUCUUCAAGCAGUUCGGUUGGAAACACAUUGCUCUGAUUAUAGAUAUAACUGAUCUAUUUUCUUUAACUGUCGGUAAGUUUCUCAUUUCUGUCAAUUUCGCACACAUGGUACAUUUUGAGAUUCAGGCGCUGGCCACUGCGGCUAUAAUAUAUUAUAAUAUAUAUCAUUUAGGGAAAUAUCUGGAAGAUGAGCUGAAGGGUGAAGGUUCAAUGAUCUUCGUCAAGGAAUUAGAUAAAAACAAUGAAGUUAUAUACGAAAAUUAUCUCAAGGAUGCCAGCAAGUACGCAAGAG